AUUCUAUUAGCUCAGGGAUACGAGGAAAAGGGUCCAAGGAUAGCUCCAAGGAUGCCCAAAGGACACGAGGAAAAGAGCCCGAGGAGAAUUCCAAGGAUGCUCAGGGAUACGUAGGGAAGAACCCAAGUAUAGCACCAAGGAUUCCAAAAGGACACGGAGAGAAGGAGCCCGAGGAGGACUCCACGGAAACUCAAAAGAUACUGAGGGAAAAGCCCAAAGAUAACUCCAAGGAUCGCAAAGGAUAAAGGGAUCUAAAGAAGAAGCACAAGGAUGACUCCAAGGAUGCUCGAAGGAUAAUGAGGAAAGACUCCGAGGAUCACUCCUAGGCUACUACGGGAAAACUCGAACGAUUCUACAAGGCACUACAAUACGACCAUACAUAUAUAGUACAAGGAACACGUCAAGGAUAACGAACGCAGAAAAGCACGAACCAAGGUCUCCAAGGAUUAGUUUAGUACUAACUGGAAACACGCAGCAGCAGUCUGCCGAAGGAAGGGGGAAGUCGGCACAGCUAAGAGAGCUGUACCGAAAGAGGCCAAGCAUCCCGGGGCAUAAUGCCCAGACGAGGAGACGGGAUCGCCGGCCGGAUCGGGAUCCAAACCAGGAAACACAGCUUCAGGAGUCUGAAAGGGCAAUCAUGGUCAACAAAGGCAACCUGCCAAGAGAAAAUUAACUGAUGAGCACAUACAAGGAGUCGGGUGGGAGAUCGGAGUACUUACGAAGUGGCAAGGACGAGUGGAAACGCCGGGCUGAGGGGUAAAAAAAAAUCCCGGCCGACACGUGCACGGGCAUAAACAAUUUGCAAAAUCACCAUAUAACAGGGAAGGGUGCGCCUCAAUAGGCAGUCGAUUGGCACUGGAUGAUAGUGCGAUCGAUUGGCACAAGAAAAGAAAAUGGAAAUAUCGGUGAUGAUAAACAUCGCGGCGAGCAAAUGGCAACGCCGCACCUGCGAUAUCGAUAUCGUAAGCAGGCCCCCUGGGUAUCGAUAGCCGAUUAGUAUCGGUGCCCAGUGGAGAUUUAAAGGUGCUAUGCAGAGGACGACCAGCACCGUGGAAACGUAACAGGGUAAAAGCUUCGAGGAUACGUCGAGGGAGCAACGAGGGAGCGCCGAGGUGAUCGGGACGAGAUGGGCCAUGACUCAAGGGCUAGGAUACACAAGGGAACGCCGCAGAGUGGGAGCGCCGAUUUUUCUUAAAUCUUUCCUGAAGGGGUGAAUGUGAGGAGUUGAAUAACACCACACAAAUCCCAGCAGCAGAUGGCCGGCUGCUCACCAGGUACGCGGCGAAGAGCGUUUGGAGAACGUGAGAGUUUGAAGAUCAAGAACGGAGCACGUGGGGGUUUGGAGAUCAAGGACGAAGAACGUGAGAGUUUGGAGAUCAAGGACGGAGAACGUGAGAGUUUGGAGAGCAAGCGAGUUUGGAGCGGGUUUGGAGACCAACAGAGUUUGGAGACCAAGGAUGGAGAAAGAGAGAGCGGAGACUUGGCGAGAAGAGCGAGGGUGCCGUGUGCAAAAGGAAGUAACGGGACGCCGCGGGAGAGAAGGUGCCACAUCUCGGCAGCGGAGCGGCACACAAGCAUGCCAUAUGCGUCACGGGAAUCAGCGGGACGACAGCAUCAGGCUGGACAUCGGCGGGAAAAAGCGCAUGAAGGACAAGAGGGUCAAACUGGAGCCAUGGAUUUGGACCCGGUGUGGAGAGUUUCGGCGGGCCGUCCGCAAACGGGAAAUAACGGUUCCCGGAAGAAAGGCACGAACCAAGGUCUCCAAUGAUUAGUUUAGUACUAACUGGAAACAUGCAGCAGCAGUCUGCCGAAGGAAGGGGGAAGUCGGCACAGCUAAGAGAGCUGUACCGAAAGAGGCCAAGCAUCCCGGGGCAUAAUGCCCAGACGAGGAGACGGGAUCGCCGGCCGGAUCGGGGUCCAAACCAGGAAACACAGCUUCAGGAGUCUGAAAGGGCAAUCAUGGUCAACAAAGGCAAC